AUCGGGACGAAAGGCGGAAGGUCUUUUCCCGGGAAGAAGUGAGCAGAUCAAAAAAAGGAACCUAAAGAUGUCAGCAGUCAUAGUGGUGCAUGGUGGGGCGUGGGCAAUACCAGAGGAACUGGCCAAGGCUUCUGUUGAUGGAGUAAAGGUUGCAGCAUGUGAAGGGUUUUCUGUACUGAAAAGAGGAGGAAGUGCCCUGGAUGCUGUUGAGGCAGCUGUGAGGGCUCUGGAAGAUAACACUGUGUUUAAUGCAGGGCACGGAGCAGCACUAAAUGCAGAUGGAGAGGUAGAGCUGGAUGCCAUUAUCAUGGAUGGAAGGACACUUGCCAGCGGUGCCGUGUCUUCAGUGAAGAACAUUGCCAAUCCUGUGUCACUGGCACGGGCUGUGAUGGAAAAGACAGCCCACGUCAUGUUGACAAGCAGAGGUGCAAACCUGUUUGCAGAGAGCAUCGGCAUGGCCACGGUCCCCACUGAUGCACUGGUGACUGAGAUUGAGAGGAAGGAGUGGAUGAAAAACAAGAAUUAUGUAACUGGAGUAAAUGAGGAUUUUAACUCUCAGUGGGCCCAUGAUACUGUUGGGGCAGUUUGUGUGGACUCUGCUGGCAAUGUUGCAUGUGCAACAUCAACUGGAGGGAUCAGAAAUAAAAUGGUUGGCAGAGUGGGAGACUGUCCCAUCAUUGGCUCUGGAGGAUAUGCAGACAACUUUAAUGGUGCAGUGUCUUGUACCGGUCAUGGAGAGUCUAUUCUUAAAGUCACAUUGGCCAGACUCAUUCUUUCACAUAUUGAACAAGGUAAAUCAGUCAAAGAUUCUUCUCAGUUGUCUCUGCAGUACAUGGGAAACCGAGUCCGUGGAGCAGGAGGUGCUAUUGUAGUUUCUCCGUCAGGACAGUGGGCAGCCACCUUCACCACAGAACGCAUGGCUUGGGCAGCAGUAGAUCAUGAGGGUCUGUGGUAUGGAUUAGACCCAAAUGAAAGACUAAAAGAGCAGUUACCCCAAUAA